UGUGGCCAUCCUCAUUUACCUGAGCAGGAAGUACCAGACAGCGGACCACUGGUACCCACCCGACCUGCAGGCCCGGGCCCGUGUCCACGAGUACCUGGGCUGGCAUGCUGACUACAUCCGCGGCACUUUCGGCGUGCCCAUGUGGACCCAGGUGCUGGCACCACUAUUUGGGACCCAGGUGCCCGAGGAGAAGGUGAAACGCAACAGGACAUUCAUGGACCUGGCGCUGCAGCAGUUGGAGGACAAGUUCCUGAGGGACGGGGCCUUCCUCGCCGGCCAGCAGGUGACCCUGGCCGACCUCAUGGCGCUGGAGGAGCUGAUGCAGCCCGUGGCUGUCGGCUGUGACCUGUUUGAGGGACGGCCACGUCUGGCGGCAUGGCGUGGACGAGUGGAGGCUUUCCUGGGUGCCGACCUGUGCCAGGAGGCCCACGGGCCCAUCUUGAACAUUCUGGAAAAGGCAGCCAAUAACACCCUCCCGGAACCCUCGCCAGAGGCCUUCUCGGGUAUGCUGCUGCGCCUCACCAGGAUCCCCUGAGGGCCUGGGACACGGGCCAGGAGAUCAGCAAUAAAGAUUCACUCUGUC